CACGGAUGGAACGUGAAGAAGGCAUCAGUUACAUUCAGCUGCUGUAAAAAAUAACAUCACUACGCCACAAUCAUGAAGGUCUUAAUCGUCGCAGCUUUAAUUGUUGCUGUUGUUGCUGACCAAGCACCUUAUUAUCAGCCGAGUUAUUCUCCCUAUCCGGAAUACAAACCCGAGUACAAGCCGGAAUACAAGCCAGAGUAUAAGCCGGAAUACAAGCCCGAAUACAAGCCGGAAUACAAGCCGGAGUACAAGCCAGAGUAUAAGCCGGAAUACAAGCCCGAAUACAAGCCGGAGUACAAGCCGGAGUAUAAGCCGGAAUACAAGCCCGAAUACAAGCCGGAGUACAAGCCGGAGUACAAGCCAGAGUAUAAGCCGGAAUACAAGCCCGAAUACAAGCCGGAGUACAAGCCGGAGUAUAAGCCGGAAUACAAGCCCGAAUACAAGCCGGAGUACAAGCCGGAAUACCCCACUCAAAAGCCGUACUACGCAGAACCAUCUUACAAACCCACUUACCCAGAGUAUAAGCCAGCUUAUACCGAGCAUAAACCGGCUUACCAUGAACCAACGUAUGCCCACCCGGCCCCAGCCUACAAACCCGCAUACAAACCUGCGUAUCCGGAAUACAAACCAACUUACUCAUCUCCACCACAGUAUCCUUCCUACGCCCCAACAUAUCCAGUCAAAUAUUAAAACAAUUGCGUCUAUCUUGUAGCCCAUCAUAUAAAUUUGUCUGCGAUGAAUUUCACUUUGCGUUUUAAUAAAUUUUUGUCGCUCAAGA